AUGACUGUUCAAUGUAAUAUUGCCACACUGGGCUUUCAGAACCAUACAACUCUAAGGGAAGUUCGAAUUGUGGGAUUUGAGACCCUUCACAGCUUCAAGCUUGUUUUAUUUGCUGGUUUUUUUACUACCUACAUAUUAACUUUAUCCGGGAACCUCAUCAUCUGUCUUCUCAUAUUAUUCUGUAAAUGCCUUCAUUCUCCAAUGUACUUUUUCUUGUGUAAUCUCUCUAUGUCUGAAAUUUUAUUCACCACUAACAUUGUCCCUAAUUUGCUGCAUACAUUACUGAAUGGUGGGAUCACUAUAUCUCUUACCGGUUGCUUCACACAAUUCUACUUCUUUGGGGUUUUUUCUGUGACAGAGAGUCUCCUCCUCACCAUAAUGUCCUACGAUCGAUUCCUGGCCAUUUGCAAACCAUUACAUUACACAUCGAUCAUGGACUCCUGGUUGUGUUUCCGCUUGACUCUCACAUGUUGGACUGUGGGUUUCGUCAUCAUGUCAAUCACAUUAGGAUUUCUAUGCAGAUUAGAUUUUUGUGGACAAAAUGUCAUCAAUCAUUUUUUUUGUGACUUUUCCCCUAUUUUAGACCUAUCCAGCUCAGACACAACCUCCAUAAAGAUCAUUGUAUUACUGCUCUCAUCUACAGACACUCUGUUCCCAUUCUUCUUCAUUAUUGCUACAUAUGGAUAUAUUAUGAUGGCUAUUAUACAGAUCCCCUCAGCCAAAGGCAAGCAGAAAGCGUUCUCCACCUGCAGUUCUCAUCUGAGUGUUGUCUUCACAUACUAUGCCACUCUGAUCCUGGUCUAUGUUGUCCCAGCUAGGGGAUAUUUAUUGCUGGUCAAUAAGGAACUUUCUUUACUUUAUACAGUGGUGACCCCAUUGCUAAACCCUAUUAUAUACACCCUGAGAAAUCAGGAGAUUAAAUUAGCUAUAGGUUUAUUGGCCAGGAAAAUAAAACAUGUGAUUAUCAGGAAUCAAGGAGGAUCAUUGUAA